CAAACGGGCACAUCGCCGCUUACCUAAUCUUUUUACACUCAGCCAUUUUGGGAUCACCACACGAGGCCUCGGGCGAAAUUCGAAGCCUCAACCAGACAAGCAACACAACAUCGUACGCAAUCCUCGGUUUCAAACCCACGACAUCAUCUCCGACCCCGACUAUACUCGGACAAAUCCUGCAUUGGUCUCCUGAGCGCUAUGGCCCUCAUUGACAGAGUUCCCGGGGAUUUGGAUCUCUACAUUGGUGGCAUGUUCACUCUUCGACGACGUGAAGCAUUGCAGGAAGCAAAGAUCACACAUGUCCUUUCCGUGCUGCGUACGCCACUAGAUCAGGAUCUCUUCGAGCCGUUCAAGCAUCAUGUUGUGGAAGUUGACGACGUCGAAGACGAAAACCUGUUAGAACACUUCCCCGCCACCAAUCAGUUCAUCCAGGAAGGACUCGAUGGUGGUGGCGGAGUUUUGGUGCAUUGCGCAAUGGGUAAAUCGCGAUCCGCCACUGUUGUCAUCGCCUAUUUGAUGCAGAAACACAACAUUACUCCAUCGGAAGCAUUGUCCCAUGUUCGGCAAGCCCGAUCAAUCGCCGAGCCAAACGAAGGAUUCUGGAGACAGCUCGAGUUGUACGCCGAAAUGCAAACGCCUGAGAACGUGGAAGAGACUCCGGCCUACCAACGCUGGGUCUAUCAACGGGAGCUCGAGCUGAGUCGUGCAUGUGCGCAGGCCCCUGAGGCUGACAAGAUUCGAUUUGAAGAUGAGCACGUCACAGAGCAGACGUCAGGCUUUGAGAUGAGAUGUCGAAAAUGCAGACGACCACUUGCAACAUCCCAAUAUCUCACCUCGCACAGCCAAGACACAUCGAAGACCAAGUGUGCGCACUACUUUGUGGAUCCUUUAUCAUGGAUGCGCCCUGAGCUCGAACAGGGGAAGCUGGAAGGCCGGAUCGAAUGUCCGAACUGCCACUCCAAUGUAGGCAAGUAUGCCUGGCAGGGGAUGCAGUGCAGUUGUGGAGACUGGAUGGUACCAGGGAUCAGCCUUGCCAAGGGACGAAUCGAUGAAGCAAGAAAGGGUGGAGUUAGUGGCAUCCGUCGCCCACCAGGUGCACCAGGGGCACCUCUGCCAAACCAAAACGCAGGACGACAGAAUCUAUGAUCGUCCCAAGUCAGGUAACAUCUGACCCUUGUCUACUAUCAUGCGCCUCGAAAGUCUCGGAGGCAUGAUGGCGACUGCUCUGGAGGUCAUGACAGGCUCCUUCGAAAGGACCUUGCACAUCAAAAUCCACAAGAGGGCUGGUUCACUCGGCAUGGCCCCCAAGUACCAACGGAAAACCACAUUGCCAUCAGUGGCUCUAAUGACUCGCAUAUCUCGGACCGCCCGAUCGUGCAGACUUCACUCCUGUGGAGCACUUCUUUCAAGCAUAAGCACAAUCAUUCAAGAACCGGGCACCGUUCAAAGUAAGGCAUUGCCCAUUCCAGGGGUAUUUUCAUCCACAUCAGAAAUCAAUAAAACCAGUCAACCCUAUCCAAAAUUUGGCUGUUGAUUCCAUGCGCUUUACCUCGUGCUCAACAGACUAAUUGAACUAUUUUCAGGAGGUGCACUCGCUAAGCAGCACGCCAG